AUAUUUAAAAAAACAAAAAUACAGUAAUUAUUAACAAACAUAAUGCUCGGACGAUAGUGACCACUGACCAAAUCAGGCGCCACAUGAAGAAAACGAAUCUUUAUAAAUGUGGCUUUGACUUGUCUUCUAUGUAGCUUAUCAAUAAUUCAUUUUGGUAUUUGCACACAGUUUUUUUCUCUUGACGAGAAAAAAUGGCAGAUGUGACCGUGAUUUCUUCAACCAUUGUUCAACCAUGUAACACCGAUCACUCGGGUCGGGUAAAGAUCCAUCUUACUCCAUCUGAUCUUAACCUUCUUCAUCUCAGUAGUCCUCAAAGAGGUCUUCUCUUCCCUAAACCCGACCCGGAAACCCGUUUCAUCUCUCGACUAAAGUCCUCUCUUUCGACAGCUCUGGAGAUCUACUUCCCCUUUGCUGGUCGUCUUGUCAAAGUAGAGAAUCUUGAAGACAAAACUGUGUCGUUUUUCAUAGACUGCGACGACAGCUCCGGUGCCAGAUUCGUCCACGCCGAAUCGAAAUCUUUAUCGGUGAGCGAUCUUCUUCAACCUCACGGCUCCAUCAUAAACUCUCGUCGCUUCAAUGACUCUGUUUUCAUGAGCCGAUUCUUUCCCGCCAACGACCUGAAAAACAUCGACGGCCUCUCUGAGCCCUUGCUUGCGUUGCAAGUCACCGAGAUGAAAGAUUGCGUCUUCAUCAGUUUCGGAUACAACCACAUGGUCGCAGAUGGAGCUUCGAUCUGGAGUUUCUUCAAUACUUGGUCCAAGAUUUGCUCGAAUGAUUCCGAUCAUCAGAAAAAGAACCUUGACCCUCUUGUCCUCAGAGGAUGGUUCCUCGACGGGAUCGAUUUCCCGUUUCAUAUUCCGGCUUCAGAGACGGAGAUGCCACCACCGAGCUUGGAAAUAUCUCCGGUGGUGGUUCCCACUACGAAAGUGAGAGUCUUUCACUUCACAAAGAGGAAUAUUUCAGAUCUCAAAGCUAAAGCCAACGGAGAAAACGGCUCUAGUGACGUGACUAUCUCCUCUUUACAAGCGCUUUCCGCACAUCUGUGGAGGUCAAUAAUGAGACACAGUGGUAUGAGCCGAGAAGAAGAGACUCAUUGCAAACUAGCGAUGGAUAUGAGGCAGAGGUUAAACCCUCCGCUUCACAAAGAGUGUUUCGGGAAUGUAAUCCAUCUCGGAAUAGCCACAGUCACCGUGGGGGAGCUGCUGGAUCAUGGGCUAGGCUGGGCUGCUUUGCAGAUUAAUAAAAUGGUGAGGUCACAAACGGAUGAAAAGUAUAAAUCUUUUGCAGAGAAUUGUGUUAGAAAUGGUUAUAAGAUCCCAAAAUUUGUUGGAAGUAGAAUGGUCAUUAGUGAUUCUGUGAUCGUAGCAAGCUCUCCCUGGUUCCAAGUGUAUGACAAUGAUUUCGGUUGGGGCAAACCGAUCGCUGCUCACGCUGGACCGGUCACUAGUAUCAAUGGCAGACUCACGCUUUUUAGAGGGAUUGAAGAUGGAAGUAUUGAUGUUCAUGGGACCUUAUGGUCCGACCAACUUGUGGAUCUCUUAUUGGCUGAUGUUGAAUUUCUGGAGUAUGUGACGAUUACAUGAUUGUAUUGUUUGAAUAUUCAAAAAUAAAGACGCAUAAAAGUCACAAA